AUGGCUGCGGAACCUAUCUCCAACGGCCUUCUUGGUUCCAAAAACAAGAAGGUCGCCUACUUCUACGACUCCGAUGUGGGUAAUUAUGCCUACGUAUCGGGCCACCCUAUGAAGCCCCAUCGCAUACGCAUGACGCACAGUCUUGUCAUGAACUAUGGACUUUACAAGAAAAUGGAAAUCUACCGAGCGAAGCCCGCUUCGAAGUAUGAAAUGACCCAGUUCCACACUGACGAAUACAUUGACUUCCUGUCAAAGGUGACACCAGACAAUAUGGACCACUUCUCCAAAGAACAAAGCCGGUACAACGUCGGUGACGAUUGCCCGGUCUUUGACGGUCUUUUUGAGUUCUGUGGAAUCAGCGCUGGAGGUAGUAUGGAAGGUGCCGCGCGACUGAAUCGUAACAAGUGUGAUGUGGCUGUCAACUGGGCCGGUGGUCUUCACCACGCCAAGAAGAGCGAAGCAAGUGGUUUCUGUUACGUCAAUGAUAUUGUUCUCGGAAUUCUAGAGCUUCUCCGCUUCAAGCAACGAGUUCUCUAUGUUGACAUUGAUGUUCACCACGGCGAUGGUGUUGAAGAAGCCUUCUACACAACUGACCGUGUCAUGACUGUUUCUUUCCACAAGUACGGCGAGUACUUCCCCGGUACCGGUGAGCUUCGCGACAUCGGCGUUGGACAAGGCAAGCACUACGCGGUCAACUUCCCCCUCCGUGAUGGUAUCAACGACGUUUCCUACAAGAGCAUUUUCGAGCCCGUCAUCAAGAACGUCAUGGAAUGGUAUCGCCCAGAGGCCGUGGUUCUCCAGUGCGGUGGCGACAGUCUGUCUGGUGAUCGCUUGGGCUGUUUCAAUCUGAGUAUGCGCGGACACGCCAACUGUGUCAACUUCAUUAAGAGCUUCGAUCUGCCGACCCUAAUUCUUGGCGGUGGUGGCUACACUAUGCGCAACGUCGCACGAACUUGGGCAUUUGAGACUGGUAUCCUCGUUGGAGAGGGUCUCGAAUCGGAAUUGCCAUACAAUGACUACUAUGAGUACUUUGCCCCCGAUUACGAGCUUGAUGUCCGCCCUUCAAACAUGGACAAUGCCAACACCAGAGAAUAUCUUGACAAGAUUCGCAACCAAGUCAUUGAAAAUCUGAAGCGCACGGCAUUUGCUCCUUCGGUCCAAAUGACAGAUGUGCCCCGAAACCCGAUCUUGGAUGGCAUGGAUGAUGAGGCCGACGAUGUUAUGGACGACCUUGAUGACGACGAAAACAAAGACAAGCGUUUCACCCAGCGCCGAUUUGACCAGUACACUGAAAAGGCUGGGGAGCUCAGUGAUAGCGAGGACGAGGAGGAAAAUGCAGCCAACGGCGUCCGUCGCCAGCCAGGUGCUAUCCGUCGCCGCAACCAAGUCAAUUACCGCAACCUUGAGCCGGACUCUGGGCUGGACAGUGGCAUGGCAACCCCGCAGGAUGCUUCAUCUGCCGCGGAUGGGGAAAUGGAUUCCACCUUGGACGCUAAAAUGACCGACGCCCCACGCACUGAACCCGAAGCAGCUUCCACCGCACCGGAGGCCUUGCACGCUGAGGACACACCCGCGACGGAUGCAGACCGCAUGGCUACAGGGAAUGAAGAGGUAACCUCUGCUACAUCCCAGCACCAGUCACCUCCCCCUAACGAUGAGGAUACCACCAUGGAGGAUGCUGGUGCUGUCGCCGAGCCUGCUCAACCAGAGCAAGCCACUGACCAGGCUGAUACGAAAAAGCCUGUUGAAGAGGCUCCUCAGACCGAAGUCUCCGUCGCCUCUCCUGGCAAAGCCAAUCCACCCCUGAACGAUACUACAGAGGCCAGCUCAAAGGGUGCCGAGCCCUCUACUGAGGCCCCUGCGCCCGGUGCAGACAACGAAGCAACCACUACCAAGGAAGAGAACCCGGCACAACCAGCAGAACUCAAGAAAGAGGAGUAG